AUGUUCGGGCCGACGGCGACGGCGUCGCACGUGCUCGUGAAGGAUCGAGCGCGCGCGGAGGCGCUCAAGGCGGAGAUCGAAGCCGACGUCGCCGGAGGCGCACCGUUACGAGCGAAAUUCGCGCGCGUGGCGGAGCAGCACUCGACGUGUCCGAGCGCCAAGAAGGGCGGCGAGCUCGGCGCGUUCAAGCCGGGACAAAUGGUCAAGGAGUUCGACGCCGUCGUCUUCAGCGGCGAGAUCGGCGCCGUCCUAGGGCCGGUGGACACGCAGUUCGGCAGUCAUUUAAUCUUGGUCACCGAUCGCGAGGAGGCGAAGAAGUGA